AGCGGCAUACUUAUCUUCUCGAUUGUGUUCAACAUCCUCACCUUCCUCUUGACGGCGUUGAUUGCAAUUUUGGUGGUGCUCAUGUUCCAUCCCUAUGUUUCAUGGACAGGGUGGAUCUUGGUUGGGUCUGCGGCCGCAACUUUGAUUUCAAUUGUGUUCCUCUUCCUUGAGUUGAGACUUUCGAACAGUCCGGUGCAAUCGGACGUGGAGUCCAUCAACGAAAUGGCUACAUUUGAUAACAAGUUCGGCGCAGGCCCCCCAGUGGGUGCGUUUAUGCCCCCAAAUUCGACCGCUUUCAAUAGAGGAUACUCGAAUCUUGAUAACGACAGUUCCAUCAGCAAGGAUUACGAGUUUAAGGCCACCGGCAAUCAAGUCAAUAACCAGGUAUCGAAGACAAUGACCAACUCGAGCAUCUAUAACUCGAACCCCCAAAUGGCUAAAGACUUUACUCAGUAUAGCAACAAUUCAUUUGGUUCCAGGACCGCGGGUUCUUCUCACUUUGAAGACGCCCAGGUGAAUUUUGUCAACGGCCCAAAUACGCCAAUUUCCUCCAAACAGCAAAUGGCCCCCACUUUUGUACCAAACACCGCUACUCCUACCACCAACGAUACACCCGAGUCUCGCGUGCCUCAUUUGCCUUAUCCCGCUGGACGUCCAUUGAAUAAACCUCCUUAUGGCGGUGCUGAUAUGAGCGUGUUUGAGCACCAUCCGGAGGUGGAAGGACACGAGCCAUUUACUGAAUUGAACGACGAUUUGCCUCCUCAGGUCGAACCUGCCAACCAAUAUGUUCACAGAGGAAGCCAAACUUCAGACCUUUCGGACGCCUCUUCCGACUUCACUUCUGUGUCUCAAAGAGCCAUAAACCCAAGGUAUAACCCCCAACAACAAUACGGGGGUCCUGAAUACCUCCCUCCUCAACAGCAGUAUCAGACUCUGUACCCUCAACAACAACCGUUCCAGCCUCAGUUUCAACAACAGAACCCUGGAUACGGAGGCUCACCAAUGAUGAACCAGAAUAUUCCUCCAGUUACCUCUCAUCAACAACCAAUGAUGAACUAUGGGCCACCCCCUCCUAAUCAACACCGGUUUAUGAUGGCUCGCCCACAACCAACUGCUUCUGACAAUGCGUUGGCCAACAACCCAGACUUUGCAAUUGGUGGAGUAAGAAAGAAACCAGGAAUGAACAAACCCAACAUGGGUGCUAGUAGAAUGGGCAUACCAGGAAUGGGAGGUUCCAAACCAGGCCAAGGAGGUGCCGGCACCGGAAGAGGUCCUUAUGGAAUGAUUUGAUGAGUGGAUAUUCCUUGCUUGGAAUUAUUAUGUAUUAUUAGGUUUACUUAUUUAGCUGAUUUACUUCAAACUUUAGAUUAUUUGGUUCAGGUGGGCGAAUCUCCUAUGGGAAUGUUAAGGUCUGGAUCCUUGUGUUCUCCUAUGUCUUCUUCUGGUCUAUCCACUGAUGGUCUGUCAUUAACGGGUGCCUCAGAAACCGGUUUGUCCGAGGGGGGCUUUUCGACAUAUUUGGUGGUUCCAUGAGGUUUUACAACCACGAUAAUGAAUAAGGCAAACACCACCAAACUAAGAAGAAAGAUGAUUUUACACUUGGUGGUUCGGGAUUGGUAGCUCUUGGCUUUGAGGAGCUCUUUGUUACCGUCCUUUACAUCCUGGGCAGUGUUGGUGAUGUUGUAGUCGAUUCGAUCUAAAAUCGUUCCUUGUUCCACCACCAAACUCUCCAUUUCCUUAAAUAUGGUGGAGAUCUCAAGAAUCCCCAUGGCGAGCUUGGAGAUUUCGCGUUCUCUCUGGGCCAUGAUCUGGUCACUGGGCUGUCGUUGGAGUUGGAGUUGUUGUUGGGUCUCCUGAAGCACCUGCUUGGAGUAGUUUUCGAUGUUUUUGGUUUCUUCUUCUUGGAGAAGAAGGCGUUGUUUUUCAUCGGCAUUGACAUGAGACGUUCUCAUGCUGAAGCUGGUAUCAUUCAAGUCGUCAUAGUCGUCAUCUCUGAGAAAUUUGAUGUAGUUGUUUUGAAGGUUUCGAAAGAUCAAA